CCUGAGUUUAGCGAUGCAAAAUCUAGUUUCUGGUGACUGGUCUCAAACCAAAAUAACUGAUCGCGGGUGCAAAAUGUCUCUCUGGCUGUUGGCUCCCGCCACCGGUGCCCUUGGUUCCGGCAACUGUGAGGUUAAUUUUGCCUUCUGCCGUUUGACAACCAGUUAGUCUAUUUCACGGCCUCAGAUGCGUUGAAAUGCAAACAAGAACAGAUCAUGAGACUCUGCAGUUACUGGUCCCCCCAGGAUGGGAGCGGGAUGAACGAUAUUUCUCCCCAACCAGCACGACCUCAGCCGCAGCAACUGUUUCGGACAAGCUGCGACCAAUCGUCUGCAGCCGACGGGCGGGGACUCCCUCCUUUCCCCCGCCCGAACAAUAAACGUGACGCAUGAAGGGGCGGAGAAGCGGCGAGCGCCGGUGUUAUAAGAAGGUCAGUCGGGGAACGCUCGCUGCUGAGUCUCUGCUAGUCCCAGGCGGUAACGGAUAGGGUAGUUUUUUUUUGCUUGAAGAAUUAAUUCCUGUGAUCUUCCACCCCGUUCCUCCUGCGGAUUAUUACCACCAUGGCGAUGACUGAGACACCAAGCGACUUCACUUAUUCCAAAAUGAGAGGCAUCGUUGUCUUCCUGUCUGCUUUCAUAAAACAACGAAAAAUAGGCUUGAAUGACUUCAUACAGAAAUUGGUGUCCAACCCUCAGAUCUGCCAACACCCUGAUGUCCGUGCUUUCUUACAAAUUGACCAAAAUCAACCGCAGGAAACUGAUGCCUGUUCUGAUUCAAGCAUUGGAUCAGAAGAAUUUGACCUUCCUCCACCAAAUAGUGUGAAGCCUUCAGACUUUGACUAUCUGCGAAUAAUUGGAAAAGGGAGUUUUGGAAAGGUGCUGCUUGCCAAGCACAAAGAAACAGAAAAAUAUUUUGCUGUAAAGGUUCUGCAGAAGAAGGUGAUCCUGAAGAAGAAAGAGCAAAAACACAUAAUGGCAGAGCGCAGUGUCCUCCUGAAAAACAUGAAGCAUCCUUUCCUAGUGGGACUCCACUACUCCUUCCAAACAGCAGACAAGCUCUACUUUGUCCUCGACUAUGUGAAUGGUGGUGAACUUUUCUACCACCUUCAGCGGGAACAUGUGUUCCUGGAGCCCAGAGCCAGAUUCUAUGCUGCUGAGAUUGCCAGUGCCCUAGGUUACCUGCAUGCCCUGCACAUUGUUUACAGAGACCUGAAGCCUGAAAACAUCCUGCUGGAUUCUCAGGGCCACAUAGUGCUCACGGACUUUGGGCUGUGCAAGGAAGGGGUGGAACCGGAUGGAACCACCUCCACAUUUUGUGGCACCCCAGAGUAUUUGGCCCCUGAAGUGUUACAGAAGCAAGCUUAUGACCGAGCAGUUGACUGGUGGUGCCUGGGAUCGGUGCUAUAUGAAAUGCUGUAUGGAUUGCCCCCAUUUUACAGUCGGAAUAUGGCUGAAAUGUACGACAACAUCCUGCACAAGCCUCUGCUCCUAAAACCCAAUGUGUCAAACUCUGCCCAAGAUCUUCUUCAGGGUCUGCUGCAAAAGGACAGAGCACAGAGAUUGGGCGCCAAGAAUGAUUUUUUGGAGCUGAAGUUCCAUUCGUUCUUUUCAACAAUUAACUGGGAUGACCUCAUGGCAAGGAAAAUCACUCCUCCAUUUGUUCCUACAGUGUCUGGACCCACUGACCUACAAUACUUUGACCCCGAAUUUACUCAGCAGCCAGUUCCAAACUCUGUUGCAAACUCUCCUGAAGAUUUUCCGAUUACAGCCAGCAUGAGAGAGGCUGCUGAAGCAUUCCUUGGUUUCUCUUAUGUGCCUCCUGUAGAUACCUAUCUAUAAUAAGUGCAAAAUUGUGUGGCAUUUCAAAUGACAAUGAACAGCUGAGAUACAAAGCUGCACAUUGUGCACCUUAUUCUUUAUGCAGAAGUUGCUCCUUCCAGUCUUUCAGUGAAGAAAACUUUCCUCUAUAGAGAGAUGUUCCCCUGGAUGUUGUGUAGAACACUUAAAGGUCAAUUCCAAAUGUCAAUUUUUAUUUUCCUUCAGCUUUUCCACACUUUGCAGUAAGGUCUUGAGACUUUGUCUGAUGUUAUACAACUAAAAUGCAUUCUUUGGAGCCAAUCCUCGCUGCAGUGAACCAUCUUUAGCACCACCUUGAUCUAUACAACUCCAAUUUUUCUAAUAGGAAAACCAGCUUACAUUAGUGGCUGAGAGGGAAAUAUUGCUCCUAUGAGGUGAUUUCUGGCAUGAAGAGCAAAUGAUGCUGCUAUUUGCCAAGAACUUGUGGGUUUAAGACAUCUACCCAACAUAGAUCAACUCUUCAAUUACCUGAAAUUGCCAAAAUGCAACAUUCCAUGGAAGAACUUGAACUGUCAUGGUCUUUAAUGCUUAAUCAUACAAUUGGGAACAUUGAUCUUUAAUCAGCAGAGUUGAUGCUUUUGAAUAUUGUACUAUUUUGGCAUGGUAUGGACUGAAGAUGUUCAUCAAUUUAUCUUUGAGCAGAUAAACUCUUCCAACUAAGCUCUUAAUGUGAAUCCUUGGCCCCAGGUUAAUUAGUUUUUUCUACAUCAAAAUUAAAUGUACCAAUCCUUCACUUAAGAUUAAUUGUCAUGUCAUUUAAAAUUUGUGUUUAAUAUCUGAAGCCCAGGUCUGAUCAGAGGCAUCAACAGUAUGGCCGGAGAAAAAGACUUGAUUAAAUUGGUUGCUGAGUGGGUUUUUUAAAAGCCAGUUGGUUUCCAGGAGGAAGAAAAGACUUGGGUGGUGGGUUGCAUAUUUUCCUGCACAGCCUGAGCUUCAAACUGGAACAGUGUUAAAGUUUGGGGUGAGGUAGGAAAUCCAUUUUUUUUCCUCCUCCCCUCUUCUCUCUUUCUCUCUCUCUCUUCCCCCCCCCCCCCCCCCCCCCCCCCCAAAGGGGGAGACAGAAUGAAGUCUUGUUCCAUCAAUCCAUUAAAUGGGAUUGGUGGGGGAUAAGGACGUGAAAUGAUCUCUCAGUGUGAGAGGAUUUGCUCUUAAGGUGAAAGUGAUACUUAGCCCAGGCUGUCUACAGAUAUGCCAACCAUUGCUGCUUAAGCUAUGGAAUAUUCAGUGCACAAUGUUAAUAACUGGAUUGAUAUUUCUUUCACAUUUGGAAGAUAUUUCUAUAUUUAAAACAUUUUAGAUGUUUAAAGGGCAUGGUACAUAUCUUCAGAUUUUUGAAACAAUUUAUUUUUUUAAAAUCUUGGUUGUGUUGAAUUUGAUAAUGUACUGUAUUUGCCACAUGCUGCUUCAGUUAUGUUGCUAGUGUGUUACAAAGUGGAUAAUGGGUUCAGAGUUGUUGCUAGAAUUUUGCUAGUGUGCAGUGAUGUUCAUGACCUCUUGAACAAUAUCAACAGUCAUUUGGAAAGGGGAUCUUCACCUACUUUAGGUCUAAUGUAUUUCUGUUGGGAACAGUUAGAAAUAAUAAAUUCAGAGGAUUAAGCAUUUCAGAGGAUUAAGCAUUUUGAAUAAGAACCGGCCACCCUCCUUGCAACCCCACAUUGAAUGUAGAAUCUAACAAGUCUGUGGUCUGGUACUGGAGUGCCAACCUAUGUGGGUAGAGCUAGCAGCGUAGAAACUAAAUUUAUUCAAAGGCUGAGUUUUAUAAUAUUUGUACAUCACUCUUGUUCUAAAUUAGAAAUCAAAUUUGAAGCCUAUUUAGAUUAGGUUUUCAUGCAUGGAUUUGUGAAGACUUGCCUGAUCUUGUUUUAAAAAAAUAUACUUAAUGCAAAUCUGAGUUCUAGUAAUCUGUAGCUAUGUUCAUAUUUGUGGUACAACAUCAGUGUCUAUUGGUGUUUGUUGACAUAACUGCAAACUAUUUCUAAAUCAAAAGCAAACAUUGACUUAAUAAAAUGCAUAUUUCAAUAU